AUGGCGACUGCCAAAUCUCCACUUGCCUCUCCCUCCUCACACCUCUCCCAGUCCAGAGGAGGAUACAGCGCUGCUGCCACGCCGUCCGCCAGUCUUGGGACAGCUACACAGCAGCAGCAGCAAGGGAUCGUAGCCGCUGACGACGACCCGACCCUCGCAAACACGCUCGCCAACUCACACCUGGGCGCAACAUCUCCCCUCGCGGACGCUCACCUUACCGCUCCAGUGCCAAUCAGGCCGGCCAAGUUCACCGAAGAGUGGGACGCCAGCCAGCGCGGUAGCUCCAUCAUUGAAGGUGGGCCAGCCAACAACAUGAGCAGCAUCCAGCGUUCCAACUCCUACUCCGGCUCGGCGACCGGGACCGAGACGGCCAGCCAGCUGCCGUCACGGUCGAACACGCUCAAGAAGAAGGCGUCUCUGCGCAGAGGAGGCAGCCUGAAGCGCAGCGGAAGCCGGCGGAGCAUGAAGGCAGGGAGCGUCAGGAGUCUUGCUCUGCAGUCUGCCACAGAUGAAGACGAGAUUCAUAGCGCCUUCUUUUGCCCUGUGCCUACAACCGGUAACCCAACUGAGGCUCUCGCCAGUCGUUUUCAAGCCUGGCGCAAGAUUCUCAAAGAUCUUAUUACGUAUUUCAAGGAAAUUCAAGCAUACUACGAGCAUCGGUCCAAGUCGCUACUGAAGCUCGCGAACGUCCUGAACAAUGUUCAAACACCGGCCGGUUUCCUCGCAUCCGGCGGACUAGAUGAUGCACUGCAAGUGCUGAGACAAUACAACAAGCAGGCCAUUGUCGAGGCGAAUAAGGGUAGAGAUAUUGAAGAGGACGUGGUUCUUGCUCUCACCGGUUUGCGAAGCGACCUGCAGCAGAAAAUCAAGGAAAUCAAGAAUCUUUCGGGAGACUUCAAAAAUUCGGUAGAAAAGGAAAUGGAGGGUACGCGGAGAGCUGUCAAUGCCUUGCAGGAGGUCCUCGGCCAGAGCGACCUCGAUACAUCCCUCACGACAGGCAAGCAAGAUCCCUAUCUGCUGCGCCUUGCGGUGGACAGGCAGCUUGAGAAGCAGAUUGAUGAAGAGAAUUAUCUCCAUCAGGCAUAUCUAAAUCUUGAGAACUCGGGUCGCGAGCUGGAGGCAAUUGUGGUUGGUGAGAUUCAGAAAUCCUACAAUGCCUAUGCUGGCAUCCUCAAGAGAGAGUCAGACGCCGCAUAUAGCGCAAUCGAAGACUUGCGAACUGGGCCCAUUGCUAUGCCCAAGGAUCAUGAAUGGGCUGCGUUUGUGCGGAAGGAUGAGCAAUUCGUGGAUCCCGAGAUUCCUAUCCGUUCCGCACAAUUUAUUCAUUAUCCGGGGCGUGAUCACUUUGCUUCGCAGGAGAUUCGAGCAGGGCUGUUAGAGCGCAAGACCAAGUACCUCAAGAGCUAUACUGCUGGAUGGUACGUACUUUCCCCAACUCAUCUACAUGAGUUCAAGUCUGCGGAUAAGACCCAAGCGCCUCUCAUGUCACUAUACUUGCCGGAGCAGAAAUUAGGGUCUCAUUCUUCGGGAGGCGGUUCGUCGAACAAGUUCGUUCUCAAAGGUCGUCAGACAGGUGGUAUGCACAGGGGUCACACUUGGGUAUUUCGCGCUGAAAGCCAUGAUACGAUGAUGGCAUGGUAUGAGGACAUCAAGGCGCUUACCGAGAAAUCGCCCCAAGAGCGUAGCGAUUUCGUGCGCGGUCAUUCCCGAAGUUUUAGCCGAUCCUCCCAACGCUCGUUCAGCAGCGACGGCGUUGUCGACGAAGACGACGACGAACCCUACUCGGCGCACAACUCGGCAGCCGCUAUCAAGCCUCAACCACAGCAAGACGUGCUUCCGAGGCGUCCUUCACCAGGUGGGCGAUUCCCAUCUGAUAUCCAGGUCAACGCACAGCGAGGCUUACAGGCUCCUCUCUCGCCGUCUAGUGUAAGCUCUGGGUUCGAUAAUCAGGACCGCGAGGUCAUUGCAGCAGCAGGUGCUCUGCCCGGGAGCGGCGUGGGUCAGGAACCAGCCGGCGAAAAGGAUGGGCGUUUUGGGUACGGAAGCACUGCGUAUACACCAAUGAAUGAAGCCUCUUCACACGCUGCCAUUGUAAGCCAGGAAGCGCAAGAGGAUGGUGUGAACCCUUAUACGAGCCAGCCGAUCCAACAGCAUGGCUCAACCGAUUUUGCGAAUGCCGCGGCAGCGAACUCUGCUUCCGGAGCAGGCGUGGGAGACGCCACAAGCAAUCCUGCCAACAGGACACCUCAUGGGUACGAGGAUCAACAGAGGAACUCUUACGUUGUGGUCAAUGGCGAAUCAGCGUACGGCCAGCGCAGAGCUCCAAACUCGACAUCCGGCAACAGCUCCGCUCGUAACUCAUUUGCGGCUGGUGAUGAUGCUGGUUUCGGUGUAGCUGCUACAAACCUGAAUGGUACGACGAACAGCAACGCAUCGGCUUUUGGACAGCAGCCAGCGAAGGCUGAUCCGCGGGUAGUCCCAGGCCCGGUCUUGGCCUCUCACCAGCAGCAGGUAGACGGGGCUGCUUAUUACGGUGGUGGAAAGGCGACCCGUCCGACAGCUGGGGCAAGGACUGACAGUGGUGCCCCCACCAUCUCCAAUCUCCACAUCCCCGGAGAGUACCCAAAGGCAACACCGCUGAACUAG